AUGAUUUCAUCAGCAGCUUCAUCAUCAGCAGCACAGGACGAGGCCGAAUUGCGAGAAUUUGGACUUCAAUCGGAUUACUUUGUGGAAUAUCCUUGGAUUGGAGAACCCGAGAAGAGAAUUGAAGAAAAUUCAGUAGACGAUAAAGAUCCCUAUUUUAACAAAUUAGGAGGAAAUCCAGCUUGGAUUACCGAGAGUGAAUUACAAAUUAUGCAACUUCCUCCCAAUACGCAAUGUAAAGACUUGUCUAGCCUCUUACCACAAAUUCCGAAAUUGAAAUGUGGAAAUUGUUCAGGAAAAUUAUCACUUGUUACUCAAUGUUAUGUUCCACUGGGUACAUAUGAUCGAUUUUUAUACGUUUUCGGAUGUAAUAAUGGAGCAUGUAGUGAGAAGAACAAUGCUUGGACUUGUUUACGUACUCAAUUCAAGGUAGAUCCAAAGAAAGUAGAAGAACAAAAAAACAAACCAAAAAGCGAGACUUCAUCAUUGUCGGAAACACCCUCUACAACGACGACCGAUAAAAAGGAAACAUCAUCAUCCUCACAAACAAAAUCAACCAAUGAUUGGACACAGAGUGUGGAUGAUAAAGAGUUGUCCGAUUUACUCUCGGGCCAAGAAGCUCAACUCAAAAAGAUGCAACAAGAAAAGGAUGCCAAAAAGAAAAAGAAGAAGAAAAUAUCAAAAGUUGUUUCAGAAGGAAAUUUACCCUGUUAUGCGUUAGAUAUUUAUGAAGAACCAGAAAUGGACGAAGAGUUUACUGAAGAUUCUCAUGAAAUGAAAUUAUUGAAGCAAUUCCAAGCUGAGGCAAAGGAAACGGGAGAGGAAAAUGCUUUUGAUUCUAAGGAAGCAGAAGCAUUUGCAAAGAAGUUUAUGAGCGAAAAGAUUAAAGGAGUGACUUUUAAGGAAGAUAAGGUUGUUGAAGAGAGUUCUACGGAGGCAGGUACAUCCUCGACUUCAACAGAUGAGCAUAACAAUGAAGCACUAGCAGACAAUGACGAAGAGGAAGAGCAAGUUCAAGAGUCAGCUGUUCCCGAAUCAGACAAAGUCAGUCUUGCUUUUGUGCACUUCCAGACAGUGUUAGCCACAUGUCCACAUCAAUCGAUUAGAUGGCAAUUUGGUGGUAAGCCUUUAUGGGUGUCCGAUGAUGCGUCAGAUAUGCCUCCCAAGUACAUGCAAAUCAAGAAGAAUUUAUUGGAAAAGAAGAAAGAGAAUGAAGCAUUGAAAGGUUCAAAACAUGACAGCGAUGACGAAGAGGAUGAUGAUGAACAGAAUUAUAACGAGUUGGAGCCUAAUCCUUCUGAUUAUGCACCAAAAUGUGACAAGUGUGGAGCUCCAAGAGUUUUUGAGCUUGAAAUUUUGCCUACAACGAUUUAUCAACUACAAUGUGACAAGCACGUGAGAAGUGAUGUUGCGGAGGGUAUGCAGUUUGGCUGUGUUUGCGUCUUUACAUGCAGUAAUCCUGCAUGUGACGGAUAUUCUGAACAAGAACGAAAACAAUUGGGUGACAACGCUCCAAAACUUAGAUACAUUAAGGAGUAUAUUCAUGUACAAAGAUCUCUCUAA